AUAAAAAAUUAAAACAAAAGAAAAAUAUAUAUUAAUUAAAAUUUUUUUUAAAAUUUUUAUUUUUUAUAUAUACCUAUGUACAUACAUGAAAAUUAAAUAAAAAUCAACAAAAAAAAAAAACAAAACAAGAAAAAAGGAGUGCCAAAAUUAAAGAAGGGGGGAAAACUUAAAAUAUGAUUCAAAAUAAGAAUUUACAAGUACAAAAAGACUGCUUAAAAGGAUAAAAGUUUCAACAAAAAAAAAGAAUAUUAUAAACGAAGAAAAAAUGAAAAAACGUAGGAAAUGAAACGAAAAAUUUUAUAAAAAAUUUGGAGAUUUUUUAAAUUGCAUUUACAUAUUAUAUACAUACAUAUAUAUUUAGCCACAGAUGCAUUUUCUUAUUUUUUUGAAUGUAAUUUGAAAAUUUUCUAAAAACAAGUACAAAUACUUUAAUUGUACAUGACACACUAAAAACAAAAAAAUAAAUAAUUUUCUUUUUUUUUUGGAUGCAAAAAAUACAAAAUAAACUUAUAAAUUACAUUAGACACUCACACAUUUCAUAUAUAUGAGCAUCAUACAAUAUAAAAACUAUAAAAUUAGAUACAAAAUUUUAAUAGCAAUGUUUAGUAGAAUGCUCUGCUUAAAACGGCGAUUUAAUAUUUAUUUAAAAUUUAUUGCAAUUGCAUCAUUAGCGAUCUUUUAUUUUGCAUUUUUAUUUCGUGAAUCAUUAAAUGCUUAUGAGGCUACCAAAAAUAAAUUGAGUUCUGUUAGAGAAGAGCUGAAACAUAAGACAAACCCAAUAAAUAAACAUCAAAAAACACAAAAAAUUUAUAAAAAUACAAUAAAUACUUAUAAAUAUGAUGAAAAUAAUGUGAUUGGAAAGCGUGUUAUCAAUAAUAUUGAUAAAAACAAUAUAAAUGUGCACAAUAAUAAUAAAGUUUUAGAAGAUCAAUCAUUAUUACAAUCAUCAUCAGUAUUACAAUCAUCAACAUUAAAUCCAGUUUAUGAAUAUUCCGAUGAAUUACAUAGUGCCACUGAAAAAGAUUUACAAAAUCGUAAAUUUAUUUUACAAGAUGUCUGUAUUAGAGAAAAUUUAACAGGCAUUUACCCACCGAAACCUCAUGAAUUUUUUCUUUCACCUGGCCAUAAUUUAGUUUGGUGUAAUAUUUUUAAAGCAGCUAGUUCAACAUGGAUGUAUUAUUUUAAUAUUUUAGGUGGCUAUAAUAUAAAAUAUUUACAACAUACAAGACGUUCACCAUUAGAAUUAGCACGUAAACGUUUCCCACGACCAAAAAUCAAUGAAUUAAACGAUGCAUUAGAAUCAUCAAUAUCAUUUUUAACAGUUCGUGAACCAUUUGAAAGACUUUUAUCAGCAUAUCGUGAUAAAUUAGAAGGAUGUCACAAUCAAUAUUAUAGAGCAUUAGGAAAGCAAAUAAUAAAACUAUUUCGAAAUAAAAAUUAUAAUAAUAAUAAUAAUAUUAAUGAAAAUAAUAAAAAUAAUGAAAAUUUAAGAAGUACAUCAAUACAAAAAAUGCAAAAAGGAUAUAAACUGGAACAAGAAAAACAAUUACAGCAACAACAACAACAAAAACAAUGUCAUAAUAGUGGACCAACAUUUAAAGAAUUUUUAUUAUUUUUAAUAAAUAAUUCUAAAAAUCAUAUAACAUUUGAUGAACAUUGGACACCGAUGUAUAGUUUUUGUACACCAUGCAGUAUUAAUUAUACAUUAAUAGCUAAAACAGAAACAUUUCAACGAGAUAGUGAAUAUAUAAUACGACAAGCUGGUUUAGAACCAUUACUUUUAGGUAAAUUACCAAAAAAACGUAUUAAAACAAUAACAAAUCAUUCAUCACAUAAUACUGGUAGCCUUAUAAAAAAAUAUUUUUCUAAAAUUGAUCGCAAUAUAUUAGAUGAAUUAAUAAAUAUUUAUCGCCUGGAUUUUGAAUUAUUUGGAUACAAUUAUACAAAAUAUUAUGAUAUAAUAAAAAAAUCCAAAAAUCCACCACCGACAUUAACAACAUCAAAUAUACAUCAUUUAACAUUAAAUUUAUUAGGGAAAAAUGUCAGCACAUCACAAUUUUCAUCAUCUUCAUCAUCAAUAUUAUCGUCAACAACAAUAUACUCAACAAUGAAAUUAAGUUUUACAACGAGUCAUACAAAUUCUAUAUCAAAUUAAAAAGUAAAAAAAAAAAACUUUACAACUGAUAUUCAUUAUUUAAAACUAAAAUGAACGAUAAAAUGAGGUUGUUAUUUUUUUUUUGUUUUGUUUAAUAGCAAAUUUUUAAUAAUAUGUAAAAUACAAAAAUAUCUGUUAAAAUGCCAAAAUCUAUUAAGUUAAAUGAACUUAAUUCUAUAU